AUGCUAUCCUCUAUCCUGUUUUGGGGACUUGUUGCUCUCAUUGGCACUUCUAGGGGCUCAUACCCUUUCACUCAGUCAAUGAGCCCUCACCUGCAUCCCCGCCUGUACCACGGCUGCUACGGUGAUAUCAUGACCAUGGAGACCUCUGGUGCUUCUUGUGAUAUAACCAGGUUGAUUAACUGUGGGAUCCGUGGUUCUGAAAUGUUUGCUGAGAUGGAUUUGAGGGCCUUAAAGCCUUACCAGAUUCUGAUCAAAGAAGUUGGGCUGAGGCAUUGUGUGGACCCUGCUCUCAUUGCAGCCAUCAUCUCCAGAGAAAGCCAUGGUGGAGCAGUCCUGCAAGAUGGCUGGGACCACAGAGGACUUAGAUUUGGCUUGAUGCAGCUUGAUAAAAAAAUUCAUCACCCUGUUGGUACCUGGGACAGCAAAGAACACCUAUUGCAGGCUGUUGGGAUUCUAACAGACAAAAUAAAGGCAAUCCAGAAAAAGUUCCCCACGUGGAGUGUGGCUCAACACCUCAAAGGUGGUCUCUCGGCCUUUAAGUCAGGAAUUGAUGCUAUUGCAACCCCAGUGGACAUAGACAAUGACUUGGUCAAUGAUCUUCUCGCCCGAGCUAAAUUCUAUAAAAGACAUGGCUUCUAG